AUGUAUCAGAAAAAACAUCAAGCAAUUUGUCGUAAAAUUCUGACAAACAAACGGAAAACAUUCGAUGCUGGAAAACAACGAGCGACAGAUUCUGAUAUACCUUAUGCAGCAACAAAAAAGACAUUGCAAAUAUACACAGGUCAAAUUAGACCACAAGAUGAAAAGUCAAAAUACAAAAAACCAAAUUGGCGUGAGCGUCAUCAGUCGUUGAUCAAAUCCAUUCGUGAAGCGCGAUCAGUAACACAAGCAAUUAAGAGUGGUGGUCCACUACCAAAAUUUAGACCGACUGAAAUCCCGUCAGAUUAUGUUGAAUGUCCUUAUUGUAAUCGAAAUUUUAAUCAGCAUGCUGCUCAAAGACAUACACCAUUGUAA